CUGGAUCGUGUGUCUUGCCAUCGAACGACGACGUCAGUCUUCUCCAUAUUACGAGUUCGACACUAUAGCCAUCAAGAGGCCGGGAACUCUGUUGGGAAUAUCAGCAAUGCCACUUUUAUCGCCGCCGUGAUUAGCAGCUUCUCUUGGCUUUCUAUAUACCACCUUACUUUCAUCCCGCCCUUCCCUCGAGAGUUCGAAAUAUAAACAAAGGCGCAUUACGCGUAUCCUCACAUGGGGUGGACCCAGGCUCCGCUAAAGUAAAGGCGAUCCAAACUUCCAAGUUGCGCAACACUCCCCCUCUACUCAGCUGGCGGGUUUCACCCAGGUGGUUUCUUACCCGUCGACAAACCCUCGCUCCUUCUUUCGUCUCAUUAUAUGCCCAGCAGUUAUGAUUGUAUCGGUCCCACGGCGCAUGCUGCCCGUUGUGGUCUGCACAGGCUUGGUUUUCAUUGUCUUAAUAAUAAGAACCUUCUCAUCUAGCUCAUGGGAGAGCUUACCGCUGGAGAAGAUUGGACUGGGAGAUGCAAAGAUAGAUGACGAUAUCACGAUCAUUACACCAGGGGGGAAACAAAAUCACGAUAACGAUGCGGACGGAAUGCAAUCUGUUGCGGAUGAGGGACAGCCAGAAGUUGAGAUGGGCAGGACGCCAGAAAAGUUCCCGGCAGGGACACCAAAACCACCAGGCUCGACGUACACAAAGAUGCUGAUUGUCCCAAAGACGAAGGCUGAAGAUACCUCCUGGAUCGAUGAGAAUUUCCCUCCAGGGGGCUCUCUGAACACAUCCUUGUACAUUGCGGACGACCCAACUGCACCCCUCCACCCGCCAAAGAAUAAAGGCAACGAAGUUAUGAUAUACCUUACCUACAUAAUCGACAACUACGACAACCUCGCCGAUGUCAACAUCUUCAUACAUGCACAUCAAUACGCAUGGCAUAAUGACGAGCUACUCGACUCGGACUCUGCACAGAUGGUGAACCGCCUCUCUGCGGAAAGAGUUCAGAGAGAAGGGUACAUGAAUUUGCGCUGCCACUGGUACCCAGGCUGCCCAGCCUGGAUGCAUCCUGGCACGACAGAGUUAGAUGUCAACAAGCAAGAGGAACAGGUGCUAGCGCAGUCAUGGAGUGAAUUAUUUCCCAUGGAUUCUAUUCCGACUGUUCUGGCGCAACCCUGUUGUGCACAGUUCGCUUUGUCAAGAGAGCGUAUUCGAGCCUUGCCCAAGGCCCGUUACGUUUUCUACCGGGAUUGGUUGUUGCGGACACGUCUUCGCAACCAUAUCUCGGGCAGAGUCUGGGAGUAUGUCUGGCACUACCUUUUCACCGGCCAAAAUGUCAUGUGCCCCAAGGAGAAUGUGUGUUACUGCGACGGCUUCGGGGUUUGCUUUGGAGGCGAACAAGAGUACAAUAGCUUUUAUGCGAAAGUACACGAGAAGUCACACCACCAGGACAGGCUCAAGGUGGUUGAGGCAAAUACAAAGAAGAUCAAGGAAAUGGAGGAGAAGGGGGAGUUUGACGAGAAACUCGCUUUAGACGUGCCAAAGACCGGCGAAGCUGCCGAGCUGCAGCAAAAAAUCAACGAGCUCGGCGCAUGGAUUCAGAUCGAGAAAGAAAAGGCUAUUGAACGGGGCAACAAUCCGGAAAAUAGAGCCAAGGAGGCUGGACGGCCAUGGACGGAGGGUGAUGGGUUUUAAUGGUGGCGUUAUGACGGGUGCCCAAAGGAUUGAUGGUUUGGUAUCGAAUUGUACAAAAGGGAUGUCCGAGUAUAUGUACUUAAGGUGUGCAUUUGGCGCAUUUUUGAAUUGGGUUGGGUUGGACACACUAUAGAAUUGGGUGCGGUUGUUAUUUAACAAUAUCGAGACGCUGAGAAUGCCUCGAGAUGGAUAUUGGUUAGUGUUAUCAGACUGGAUUUAUUCCCAGUCGAUGUAGUUAUCUCUAUAGUUCUGGUCAAGAAUUAGGAAGGGGAGACUAUUAUUAGAUCUUUAUGGAAUUAAUUCUCUCUGCUGUUCCAUC